AGGGGAAUAGAGAGAGAGAGGGAGGGUGGGUGGGUGGGUGGAGGAAAAAGAAAGACGCAGAGGCAAACCGAGAGAGCAUAUGAAACAAAGGGGAAGACAGAAAGAGGGAGAUGGAGGAAGAUAGGGAGGCUGCAGACAUCUUUGCUAUCAACAAUGGAGCAUGAAGCUCCGGUGAGGCGAUAGGCAGACAUUGGGGAGGGGAAAGACGUUUGAAGAGGGGGCUCCUCGGUGGACACAGGGGGGAGGGGGGAGGGAGAAGGAGACCAAGGAGGAGGAGAAGGAUGGGCCUCGAACACCGACCUGCAGUGGCACUGCCAGUCCGGGAUUAAACAGUAUGCUGGAUAAAAGUGAGGUGACAACCCUCGGCCUGCCCCCUUCUACCAGCCAUGGAGGCUCUGACGGUAACAUCAGUGUUGACGGAGCUGGGGCUGUGGCUGGGGCCGGGGCUGGGGCAGGGGCUGUGGCCGGGGGGGCUGAUGGGUCAGGAGUUGCAGAGCCCCAAAGAAUGCGAGCAGCUCUGGAGCACCUGCAGCAAAAGAUCCUGAAGAUCACCGAGCAGAUCCGCGUGGAACAGGAGGCACGCGAUGACAAUGUAGCAGAGUACCUAAAGCUCGCCCACAACGCCGACAAGCAGCAGGCCUCACGCAUCAAACAGGUGUUUGAGAAGAAGAACCAGAAGUCUGCGCAGACCAUUGCCCACUUACACAAGAAGCUUGAGCACUACCACAAGAAGUUGAAGGAAAUAGAACAGAAUGGUCCAGCCCGACAGCCAAAGGAUGUCCUCCGUGACAUGCAGCAGGGCCUAAAGGACGUGGGAGCCAACGUUCGAGCAGGCAUCAGUGGAUUUGGCGGGGGAGUAGUGGAAGGGGUCAAAGGAGGGGUAUCUGCCCUUACCCACACUGCCGUAGUCUCCAAGCCCCGGGAGUUUGCCAGCCUGAUACGCAAUAGGUUUGGCAGUGCAGACAACAUCGCCCACCUUAAAGACACACUAGAAGACGGGGUGGGAGGACACUCGGAGGACACACUCACCCCACGCGCCCUCAGCGGCAGUGCCACCCUGGUAUCCAGCCCCAAGUACGGCAGUGACGACGAGUGCUCUAGCGCCACCUCGGGGUCAGCAGCCGGCAGUAACUCGGGUGGGGCCGGGGGAGGAGGGGGGAUGUCCGGGCUGGGGCCAGGUUUGGGGAGCCCCAGGCUGGACGGCCACCAUCACCACCACCACCACAUCCACAGCUCCUGGGACGCGUUGCUGGAGGGCCUGCAGGAGAUCAAGGCCAGCCAGGCUCACAUGGAGGACACCAUCGAGGACAUGAAGGGCCAGCUGCAGAGUGAUUACUCCUACAUGACUCAGUGUCUGCAGGAGGAGAGAUAUAGGUAUGAACGACUAGAAGAGCAGCUGAAUGACCUCACAGAGUUGCAUCAGAAUGAGAUGACCAACCUAAAACAGGAGCUGGCCAGCAUGGAGGAAAAGGUGGCCUACCAGUCCUACGAGAGAGCCAGAGACAUUCAGGAGGCAGUCGAGUCGUGCCUGACUCGCAUCACCAAGUUGGAGCUGCAGCAGCAGCAGCAGCAGGUGGUGCAGCUGGAGGGCGUGGAGAACGCCAACGCCCGCGCCCUGCUGGGGAAGCUCAUCAACGUCAUCCUGGCUCUCAUGGCCGUGCUGCUGGUGUUCGUCUCCACGCUGGCCAACUUCAUCACCCCGCUGAUGAAGACACGGGCACGGGUUGCUGCGACCGUCCUUCUGGCCCUGCUGCUCUUCAUUCUCUGGAAGCACUGGGACUUCCUGGAGCACUGUCUCCUGUGGCUGCUGCCCAGCUGAGCGGCCCCCACGGCCGGGCAGGCAGACAGACAGAGCCCCCUGGGUUGGAGCCCAGGAUAUGUGGGGUGUGGAAGCAGACUUAUACCAGAGAGAUGGACUGGAGACUGACCAUGGGUGACUCAGAGACAAAUAGACUGAAUGAGAUCCAUUGCACUUUUGAGCGGAAAUGUAGACAAACGCGAUGUGGAGGGGGUUUUGUGACCUACAAUCUCACAAUGGAGCUGCAUGGAGAAGACUGCCUAAGAUGGUGGAAGGCAAUCUGUUUGAUUGAUGGUUGUGAGACUGUUGAGGGGUACUGUUGGGUGUCUUAUGGCGAUUACCAUGACAAGUAACAUAGAGAACCUCCUGCCUAGCAACACUAGCAGCAUAUGCUCAUGAUCAAUCAAUUGGUGUUGAGCCAUUAUCGUACUAUUUCACCAAAACGGAGUGUUCAUUGUAAGUACUUUGAACAUGAAACAUUUGAAACCUUUUCUAAUCAUUUUAAUAAACUAAUCAUUAUAAUGACUAGAGCAAAUGACACUGUCUUUGAUAGACCCUAAAAUGUUGCUGUUUGUGUUAAGAUGGUUGUAUAUUUGGAGCACAAGGCCAAGCAAAAAGAUUGCUCAUUUACUGAAUGUUUGAGUAUGUGGUCAUGCAUGUCCUCACAUGUGCAUUUGGACCAGGGAAAGAUACACUUAGUUAGCAUGACUAACAUUACAUCACCUACAGUCAGACAUGCUUUCUGCUGUCGACAAACAUCUUUUUUUUCAACAAACUAGAUGAAACUCCAUCUAGACGUUAGACAAGAUAUUAUCUUUUUGUUUCUUAUGUAUGAUACAAAGAACAAUUUUGGAGGGCCAGAGAUAACUACAACUAAUCUAUUAAUCUAUUCAUAGAUAUGCUAUUUCAUGACCACUAUUGUAGAGCAGCAAAGAAUUGAUGUAAUGUCAAACUCACUGGCAUGUCUUACCAUCACCUCCAUGUUUAUAUCCAGUUUGCUGAAUCCAUCUUAAUAAAUCAAAUCUAAAAUUCUGUGGAAUGAAG